AUGAACAGCUCCGCCGAACUGUUGGAAUAUGCCGGAGGGUUCCAGGUGCUGAAGGAAGAGGACCUGAAGGUCGCCUUGCCCGUCGUCUUGGGAGUCAUCUGCCUGGUGGGCUUGGCCGGCAACACAAUGGUCGUCACGGUCCUGAUCCACGACUUCAGGCAGGGCAAGAGCUCCGUGGUCAACGGCUUGAUUUUCAUCUUGAGCGCCACCGACCUCCUCAUCCUCCUCUUGUGCGUCCCUCUCCGCGCUGUCACCUACUCCAAGCCGAGCUGGACCUUCGGCUGGCUGCUGUGCAAGUCCUCGGAUUACUUUCUCCACGCGUGCUUGUCGGCCAAAAGCUUCACUCUGGCGGCGGUUGGACACGCCCGCUACAAACAUGUGAGCAGCCCCCAAAAAUCCAUCCACUGCAGGUGCCAGCGCGUCUUGGCAUUGACAUGUUCCGUGUGGUCGGUCGCCCUUCUCCUCCCCAUCCCGCACUGGCUCUUCUCCAACACCAAGCGCAAUGGCCGGGAAACUUCCUGCGUGUUGGAGAUACCCACGUACGCUUCGAAUUUCAUGAAAGCCUUCGGCAUUGCUUACCCGCUGGCAGCCUAUGGGAUCCCCAUGACCUUUGCCAUGGCAUGCUACAUCAAAGCCCUCCUGCUGAACAAGCCCAGGAGAAACAGGACCCUGAACCGCAGGUACGAAAUUCGGAGGGUCACCAUGAUGCUGUGGGGUCUGAGUGUCGCCUUCGCGGCCAUGAGGCUCCCGGACUGGGUAGCGUGGAUGUGGGCGAGGCACAGGAAGGCGGGCAGCCCCAUGCCUCCCAUCGCUCUGCUGGUUCUGGCUCAGGUUGUCCUGUUCGCCAACUGCACGGUCAACCCCCUGGUGUUCUUGGCCCUGUCCGAAGACUUCAAGGACGGCUUGAGGAGUGUCUGGCCGCUGGCCGCCUGCAGGAAGGCGAGGAGGUCAAGCGCCGAUGGACGAGGGGCGGCAACCACCUCCUUGGGCCAGAGGGGUGGCUCGGGGUUGGCGAUGGGCAACAACAGCGGUCCUUCUCUCCGCGCCCUGCCCACCAUCUCUGGCCGGGAGGAUAUGAUCAUUUGCCGGGACGUAGCCCAGAGCAUCCCACCUGAUGUGCAGCACUUCUGGCAGGACAGGAAGAACGCAGCACCGCCGGAAAACAACGAUCCAAUUCCGUGGGAGCGCCAAGAAAACUCUUAA